CGCGCCGCCGAGCUCCUCACCCCCGAGCACGGCUCCCUCGAGCCCAGCAAGGCCGCCGAGAAGGCCCUCACCGCGCGCAAGGGCGCCACCAAGUUCAUCGACGAGGUCGGCGUGGGUGGCGGGGAGGCCGAGCAGGUCGAGUUCGUCCUGCAGCUGCAGAAGGCGCUCCAGUACGUCAAGGGAGUCGAGACCCCUAGGGCGGGAAUCCUCCUCGCGGCCCUGCUGCAGCAGCUCUACGCUCUGGACAUCCUCGAAGAGGAGGGCAUCCUGGGAUGGUGGAAAGACGCACGUGCGGUUGAGAAUGAGACGUUGACGACGCUCAAGGAGAAGAGCAAAGUGUUGGUGGAGUGGCUUGAAAAUGCCGAGGAGGAGGAUGACGACGAAGAGGAAAGUGACGACGAGUAG